UAUCUGAUAUGAGUCACUGUAGAAAAAGUUUUCUUUACAGGCUCCCUCGCGAGAGGAAGGGGCGAGAUUUGAAGUCACGGCGAGGAUUGGAAGGCAGCACUCACUCCUCAGGUCCCACAGCGGCAGACCCAUCAGCAGGAGAAUCGGCAGAAUGCAGGAUCCAAACCAUCCCCAUCGCCUUUUUUCCACAUGCGCCAUGAAGGGGACGCUUUGAUCCACAUGAUUUUUUUUCGCCUCGGCACCCCUCUUGUUUUUCACCCUGGAUUUUGCUGUUUACUUUUGCAAGAUUCGUCCUCCUUUACUGUAACUGCUGUUGACAUCGACAAUAUUUAACUUCUUUUUUUUUUUCGUUCCUUGCUCGCGGUCGAAGACUUUUUCUCCGACUGGAGAGAAGUUGGGUCAUCCCGUCUUGGACACCAAGAAGUGGACAAUCGGGCAAAGGACUCUUUAUUAUUAUCAUUAUUGUUGUUUUUAUUAUUACUUUAAAUAAACGCGGCUGCGCUCCUCCAGGAAAACGAGGAAGCGCAAAUCAUUCUCAGCACUAUGAGGCCGGGGUGGAUGCUAACCCUUUUUGUGGGAUUUGCGGCUGUCCGAUAUUCUUCUGGCAAAGCCGAUGAAGGUGCAGCGGAUCCAGACGUGGUGAAAGCCAGCGAACCACGCGCCAGCAGAGCCAAGAGAAAGGGAGGCGUCCAGGAUGUGCUAAAGGGACCAAAUGUUUGUGGAUCACACUACAAUGCCUACUGCUGUCCAGGAUGGAAAACCCUGUCAGGUGGAAACCAGUGCAUCGUCCCAAUUUGCCGAAGCUCCUGUGGUGAUGGCUUCUGCUCCCGACCCAACAUGUGUACUUGCACCAAUGGCCAGCUAGCACCCUCCUGUGGAUCAAAGUCAGUUCAACACUGCAAUAUCAGGUGCAUGAAUGGAGGCUCCUGUGCCGAAGACCAGUGCUUGUGCCAGAAGGGGUACAUUGGACAACACUGCGGCCAGCCCGUCUGUGAAAAUGGAUGUUCGAACGGAGGAAGAUGCGUGGCUCCAAACCGCUGUGCUUGUACCUACGGAUUUACUGGGACACAGUGUGAGAGAGAUUACCGCACCGGGCCCUGCUUCUCCUCCGUAAACAAUCAGAUGUGCCAGGGCCAGCUCACCGGCAUCGUCUGCACCAAGACCCUCUGCUGUGCCACAGUGGGACGAGCCUGGGGACACCCCUGCGAGAUGUGUCCAGCCCAGCCGCACCCGUGUCGCCGAGGCUUCAUCCCCAACAUCCGCUCAGGAGCCUGUCAAGAUGUAAAUGAGUGUGAAGCCAUACCCGGCCUCUGUCAUGGAGGAAACUGCAUAAACACGGUGGGAUCCUUUGAGUGCAAGUGCCCAGCCGGCCAUCGAUUUAAUGAAGUGACGCAGAAGUGUGAAGAUGUUGACGAGUGUCUCACUGUCCCUUCCGUCUGUGAUGUGGGAGAAUGUUCAAACACCAUUGGAAGCUACGUCUGCAAUUGCCCGCAGGGGUACUACUCCCCUCCUGACAGGUCCCGAUGCAUCGAUGCCCGCGGAGGACAUUGCUAUUUAAGCUUGUUGAACGGUCGCUGUGGCAAUGAGCAACAACAGACCAAGACGAAAACUCAGUGCUGUUGUGACAGUGGACGAUGCUGGGCUUACGUAGGGAUUCCUGAAAUGUGCCCCAUGCGUGGAACAGAGGAAUACAGAAAGCUCUGCGCCAGUCUUCCAGACUUGUACCCACCUAAUGGACGUCCCAUUCCUCCUGACCAGCAGCCUUAUCCUCCAGAUAGUCGGCCACUGCCCCCGGAUAGUCGGCCACUGCCUCCCGAUAGUCGGCCAUACCCGCCAGACAGCCGGCCAUAUCCUCCAGACAGUCGGCCAUACCCUCCAGAUAGUCGACCUCUUCCAGAUUGGCAACCAGAUGGGCGCUACCCUAUCGUUCCACAAAAUAUAUCCGAUGCCUGCCAGAGAUAUCGAAACCUGUGCCUGAAUGGCCGCUGUAUUCCGAUACCUGGGAGCUAUCGAUGUGAAUGCAAUAUGGGAUUUAGGCUGGACAUCAGGGGCGAGUGCAUUGAUGAUGAUGAAUGCGAACGAAAUCCCUGCGCCAAUGCCGACUGUAUCAAUACUCAAGGAUCAUAUUUCUGCCAGUGCCAUUCUGGCUUUCAGUCUACAGCCACGAGGACAGAGUGCCGGGAUCUCGACGAGUGUGUGGCAAAUGGAAGAAUCUGUAACAACGGCCGCUGUGUUAACACAGAGGGAAGUUUCCACUGUGUGUGCAAUGCAGGAUUUGAGGUGACUGCGGACAAGAAGAACUGCGCAGACUUGGACGAAUGCCUCAUCAGGAAUAUCUGCCUCAACGGGAUGUGCAUUAACGAAGAUGGCAGCUUCAAAUGUAUUUGCAAAUCUGGCUUCCAGUUGUCAGCAAACGGGAGGUUUUGCACAGACAUCAACGAGUGUGAAGUACCAGGCAUCUGCAUGAAUGGACGCUGUGUGAACACUGAAGGCUCCUACCGAUGUGAAUGUCUUCCAGGCCUGGCUGUCAGUCUGGAUGGUCGUGUCUGUGUUGACACGCACAUGCGCAGCACCUGUUACAGAGGGUACUCGAGGGGCCAGUGCAUCACGCCUUUCAACGGCGCCUUCACCAAGUCCACCUGCUGCUGUUUCAACACCGAGUUUGCCUUUGGAGAGCCUUGCCAGCCGUGCCCAGCCCUGAACACAGGUGAAUUCCUGGCUCUUUGUCCUCACGGAGUUGGCCGUUCAUCUACCGGAGAAGAUAUAAAUGAGUGCCUCCUGGACCCUGACAUCUGCCAAUAUGGAGUCUGUGAAAACUUAAUUGGCUCCUACCGGUGCAAGUGCAACCCAGGAUAUGAAGUGGACUAUACUGGAAAAACCUGCACUGAUAUCGACGAGUGCAGUUUGCGUAGUCAACUGUGUGACAACGGGCUCUGCAGAAACACGCCUGGAAGUUACAGUUGCUCCUGUCAGAAGGGCUACGUAUUCAAACCGGAGACCGAAGUCUGCGAAGACAUCAAUGAGUGCGAGUCUAAUCCCUGCGUCAAUGCGGACUGUAAGAACACCCCCGGCUCGUUUUUUUGUGAAUGUGCCCUGGGGAGCACGCUGGAUGAAUCCAAAACUGUUUGCGUUGAAACCAGCAAAGGGACCUGCUGGCUGAAGAUCAGCAAUGGCCGAUGUGAGAUUAACAUCAACGGAGAGACGCUCAGGUCUCAUUGCUGUUCCACUGUGGGGGCGGCCUGGGGAAGCCCUUGUACGCCGUGUGUACCAGACCCGUACUGCAGAAGAGGCUUUGCAAGAGUCAAAGGGACAACAUGCCAAGAUGUCAAUGAAUGUGAAGUAUUUCCUGACAUCUGCACCAAUGGGCGAUGUGAAAAUACGGAUGGCUCCUUCAUUUGUCGAUGUCUUCCUGGAAUGACUCUGGAUAGCACCGGGAGGGUCUGUAUCGAUACACGCAAGGAAGUGUGUUACUCAAAGCACGAAGAUGAACGCUGCUCCGCUCCAUUAUUUGGCAAGCAUCUGCUGAGCUCGUGCUGCUGCUCAAUUGGCGCUGCUUGGGGUCCAGAGUGCGACGAAUGUCCAGAGAAAGGCAGUCCAGAGUACUUGCAGAUCUGCCCUCGGGGGCCCGGCUUUUCCACGAAGGAUGACUUUGGUGGGAAGCCAGUUCUGAAAGAUAUCAAUGAGUGUAAGAUGAUUCCAAACUUGUGCACCAACGGCAAGUGCAGAAACACCAUCGGCAGCUUCAAGUGCAAAUGUGACGGCGGCUUUGCGUUGGACGCUGAAGAAAGAAACUGCACAGAUAUCGACGAGUGCCGAAUUUCACCCGAUGUCUGUGGCCACGGCUCCUGUGUCAACACGCUAGGAGACUUCGAAUGCAAGUGUCUGGAAGGCUAUGAGAGUGGCUUUAUGAUGAUGAAAAACUGCAUGGAUAUCGACGAGUGUGAAAGGAAUCCACUGUUGUGCCGUGGCGGCGAGUGCACCAACACCCAAGGGAGCUUCCAGUGUGUCUGUCCUCCGGGCCACGAGGUUUCAGUCGAUGGAUCUGCCUGUUUAGAUGUUAAUGAGUGUGGACUGAGUGACAAUCUUUGUAGGAAUGGCCAGUGUGUGAAUGCGGCUGGAAAAUUCUAUUGUGUGUGUAACACCGGAUACAGCUCGACGGUGGACCGCUUGUCAUGCGUAGAUAUUGACGAGUGCACCAUACAGAAUGGCGGAUGUGAAGCCUUUUGCACCAAUUCGGAAGGCAGCUACGAGUGCAGCUGUCGGGUCGGGUUUGCCCUGAUGCCCGAUCAGAGGAGCUGUACAGACAUCGACGAGUGUGAAGACAACCCAGAGAUCUGCGAUGGCGGACAGUGUACCAACCUUCCUGGCGAAUACCGCUGUCUGUGUUACGAUGGAUUCAUGUCGUCUGAAGAUAUGAAAACGUGCCUGGAUGUCGACGAGUGUGAACUCAAUCCAGAAAUCUGCCUCAGUGGGAACUGUGAGAACACCAAAGGUUCCUUCAUUUGCCACUGCGACUUGGGCUACUCGGUGAAGAAAGGGACGACAGGUUGUACAGAUAUCAAUGAGUGUGAGAUUGGCGCCCAUAACUGCGAUCGUCACGCGACUUGCACCAACACGCCCGGGAGCUUCAAGUGCCGAUGUAGCACCGGAUGGAUUGGGAAUGGAAUCAAAUGCACAGAUUUGGAUGAGUGCUCAAAUGGCACCCACAUGUGCAGCGCUCAUGGCGAAUGCAAGAACACCAUGGGCUCGUAUCGAUGUGUCUGCAAGGAAGGCUAUUCCGGAGAUGGCUUCAUCUGCUCAGAUGUUGAUGAGUGUGCUGAGAAUAUAAAUCUGUGUGACCACGGCCACUGUCUCAACAUUCCCGGUGGGUACCGUUGUGACUGUGAGAUGGGCUUCGCUCCGACAUUGGACAAAACAGAAUGCCAAGAUAUCGAUGAAUGUGGUUUCUCUGAAAUCUGCGUCUUUGGGACAUGUCAUAACCUUCCAGGAUUUUACCGAUGUGAGUGCGACACGGGAUAUGAGCUGGAUAAAACCGGUGGGAACUGCACAGAUGUCAACGAAUGCAACGAUCCUACGACUUGCAUCAGCGGAGUGUGUGUCAACACGCCUGGCAGCUACAUCUGCAAUUGUCCUCCAGAUUUUAGACUCAACCCAACUGGUGUUGGCUGCGUUGACACUCGAAUAGGGAAUUGCUUCCUGGAUUACAGGCAAAGAGGAGACGCCUCCGAUGUUUAUGAGUGCAACACUGAAAUUGGCGUUGGAGUCAAUAAAGCCACCUGCUGCUGUUCACAAGGCCGAGCCUGGGGUACCCCGUGCCAGUUGUGCCCAGCAGUCAAUUCCUCGGAUUACAAAAUCCUGUGUCCUGGUGGCGAAGGCUUCCGACCGAACCCAAUCACCGUCAUCUUGGAAGAUAUCAAUGAAUGCCAGGAACUGCCAGGCUUGUGCCAAGGUGGCCGGUGCAUUAACACCUUUGGCAGUUUCCAGUGUGAAUGCCCAAGAGGAUACUACCUAAGUGAAGAGACACGGGUGUGCGAAGGUUUCAUGAAAACAUGUCAAGAUAUCGACGAGUGUGCCAUCACCUCCAACUACUGCAUCUUUGGCACCUGCACCAACACACUUGGGAGUUUCAGGUGUCAGUGUUCAGAUGGCUUUGAGUUGUCACCAAAUGGAAGAAUAUGCAUAGAUAUGAGAAUACACUUCUGCUAUACGAAGUUUGAAAACGGACAGUGCUCUACUCCGAAAUCUAAGAACAUAACCAAGAGGGAUUGCUGUUGCAGUGCAUUACCAGGCGAAGGCUGGGGUAGUCCUUGUGAAAUCUGCCCUAAACGUGGAGAAGAAACAUACGGCACAUUUUGUAAUGAAGCUUUCCAGCAACAUCCCUCACUUCCACCUCCUGAUAUAGAUGAGUGCUCAUCUGAUCCAGAGCUCUGUAUGAAUGGAGAAUGCAUCAACACAGAUGGGUCUUACCGAUGUGAAUGUGGAUUUGGCUUCACUCUGGACCCCGGUAACACCAGGUGUGAAGAUACAGAUGAGUGCUCCGUGGGCAACCCCUGUGGUAAUGGCACCUGUACCAAUGUCGUCGGAGCAUUCGAAUGCACGUGCGAUGAAGGCUUUGAACCCGGACCUAUGAUGACUUGUGAAGAUGUCAAUGAAUGUGCUCUGAAUCCCCUGCUCUGUGCCUUCCGAUGUGUGAACACAUAUGGCUCCUAUGAAUGCAAGUGUCCAGCAGGCUACGUUCUCCGCGAGGACCGACGAAUGUGCCGAGAUCAAGAUGAAUGUGAAGACGGAAUCCAUGAUUGUGAAACCAGGGGAAUGUUGUGUAAAAAUUUAAUCGGCACGUACAUGUGCAUCUGCCCUUCUGGUUUUGUGCGCUCGUCAGAUGGAGAGAAGUGUAUCGAUAAAAAUGAAUGUCAAGCUAAACCUGGGGUCUGUGAAAAUGGCCGAUGUAUCAACACUGUAGGCAGUUACAGAUGUGACUGUCAUGAAGGAUUCAUAGCCAGCAGCACACAGACAGAAUGCAUUGACAACCGCCAAGGCUUCUGUUUUACUGAAGUCCUUCAGAAUAUGUGCCAGAUGACUUCAAGCAACCGCAACGCGGUCACAAAGUCAGAAUGUUGCUGCGAUGGAGGGCGUGGAUGGGGACCCAACUGUGAAAUCUGCCCCCUGACUGGCACCGCGCAGUAUAAAAAGAUGUGCCCACGCGGCCCUGGCUACACGACGGAUGGCAAAGAUAUUGACGAGUGCCGUGUCAUUGGAGGUCUUUGUCGAAAUGGAGUGUGCGUAAAUAACGAGGGAUCCUUCAGCUGCAUUUGUAAGGCUGGUUACACCACAGACAUCUCAGGAACAGGCUGCAUGGAUCUGGACGAGUGCGCUCAGUCGCCCAAACCUUGCAAUUUCAUCUGUAAGAACACAGAAGGCAGCUACUUGUGCUCCUGUCCGAGAGGCUACAUUCUGCAAGAAGAUGGAAGGAGCUGCAGGGAUCUCGAUGAGUGCUCUACUAAGCAGCACAACUGUCAGUUCCUGUGUGUCAACACUAUCGGUGGGUUUACAUGCAAAUGCCCUCCUGGCUUCACACAGCAUCACACCAGCUGUAUCGACAACAAUGAAUGUUCUUCUGACCCAUCACUGUGCGGCUCUAAGGGGGUCUGCAAGAAUUCGCCUGGCAGUUUCAGCUGCGAGUGCCAACGAGGCUUCCUGUUGGAUUCCAACGGAGGGAGCUGUAAAGAUGUGGACGAAUGUGAUGGAAACCAUCGAUGUCAGCAUGGCUGCCAGAACCUGGCUGGUAGCUACCGGUGCGGCUGUCCUCAGGGGUACCUUCAACAUUACCAGUGGAAUCAGUGCAUCGAUGAGAACGAAUGUCUCAAUUCACACAUUUGUGGGGGAGCCUCAUGCCGAAAUACGCUUGGCAGUUUCCACUGUGUCUGCCCUACUGGAUUCCAGUAUGAACAGUUUAAUGGGGGAUGCCAGGAUGUGAACGAGUGCUCCACGACUCAGAACCCCUGCUCGUAUGGCUGCAUGAACACCGAUGGUGGCUACCUCUGCGGAUGUCCAACUGGGUACUACAGGGCUGGACAAGGGCACUGUGUAUCUGGUGUUGGUUUUGGAAAAGGAGGACAAUUAAUGCCAGCAGCUGAAGAAACAGAUGACAAUGCACUUUCACCAGAGGCCUGUUAUGAGUGUAAAAUUAAUGGUUAUCCCAAGAAGGGCAGAAGACGAAGGAGUGUCAAUGGGACAGAACCCGAGGCUCAAGCUGACUUGCAGGAGGAGCAAAGCCCGGUCAGCAUGGCAAGCCUGGACAUCGACAACCAGCUUGUGUUUAACUUCACCAUCAGCGACUUGAGAAAGAAGGAGCACAUUUUGGAGUUUGUACCCGCCCUCACCACGAUGACCAACCACGUGCGAUACUCGAUUGAGAGCGGCAACGAUGAUGGCUUCUUUAAAAUCAAUCAGAAGGAGGGAAUCAGUUAUCUGCAUCUGACCAAGAAGAAACCUCAGGCUGGAGCCUACUCCUUACAAAUCAACAGUUCCUCGCUGUAUAAAAGGAAGGAACUGGAGCUCCUGGAAAGCAAACACGACAAAGACUACCUCAGCGGUGAGCUUGGCGAAAACCUGAAAAUGAAAAUACUCAUUGUUCUUCAUUAACUGUGCAGGUGACAAAAUUCAAAUAAAAAGGAAACAAAUGAUUGCUUAUGCCAAAGAAAAGAAAACCAAAAAAAAAAACAACCAACCAAAGUGGACAAACUAUUCCAUUAACUAACUUCCAAGCAGAUUCUACAUAUCAUGGAUACAAAUAUCAUUAUGUUGACGCGACAAAAAGCCCCACCAUCGAUAGAGAAGAGACAGCAGGAAUAGGUACAAAACGCAAACGCCAACCAAAGAACAUCGACCACUUUACUCAGGCUUUGUAAUUCUUGAAUAUGCCCACAGCCGUAUGAUGAUAUGUUGAAUCUUAGAAACACUACCUGGGGACGCGUUUUUUUUGUUUUGUUUUGUUUGUGGGAAGGCACUAAUGCUGUGGCCUUUCACCAGUUCAGCUCUCGGACAAGAAGGACUGUCUGAUGUUAUCCUGAUUUUUUUAUUUCAACUCACUAGAUCAGCAAUUUAUUAUAUUCCUUGGUGCUAGUUACAAGAGAUCCUUGAUUUACAAAUGCACUGUAAUAUUUUACAAACUUGGUAGCGGAAAUGCAAUCUCUAUUCAGUCCAAAUAAUAUUUCAGUUUCUUCUUUUUGCAACCAACCCAAGUUAGCUCAAUAGCUUCUUUCAGUUAUGCCUAUAAUAAAUACAUGUAAAUUAAGUGUGUCUAUACUGUAAUCAUGUUACUUUCUUAAUCAUGGAAGCAGUCUUUUUGUAAUUGUUUCUAUUGUAACCCUGUACGUAACGGGUUAUGUAAUGGUGCUUCUAGGGAUCAGCGACUUCUUUUUUUUUUUUCCUUAAUUGUGUCCACCAUAGUGAUAAUGUAAUAUCUCUGUUCUACAAACUGUGCACUGAGGCCUGCUUUGAGGCCCACAACUUGUUCUCGGAAAAUCUGAUGGAUGCGUUCAGUGCAGUCAAAUCAAAGGCUGAUUC